CACGGUGGGUUCGGUGAUAAAGUCCACAGUAGAUAGCGCUGUCGAUCCUUACGACACCGGGACAGAACAGGCGGAUGUGGUUUAAUAAUCAGUCUUAACCAAGGUUGGACACAACUAGAACCGACUUUCAUUAGCCUAAAGCUGUAGAAGAUGAAGGAGGUGGCGAUUAUAGGAGCUGGGGCUAGCGGCCUUACUGCCAUCAAGUGUUGUCUAGACGAGGGACUGGUACCCACGUGCUUCGAGAGGACCGGUGACAUAGGUGGGCUAUGGAACUAUACAGACGACGUGAAGGAUGGCCAGGCAUGCGUGAUGAAGUCGACGGUGAUUAACACCAGUAAGGAGGUGAUGUGUUACAGCGACUUUCCCAUCCCGGAAGAGUUCCCUAUGUACAUGCACAACAAAUAUGUCAAGCAGUACUUCCAAAUGUACAUCACCCACUUCAAACUGGACAAAUACAUACAGUUCAAUACAGAGGUUUUGUCUAUAAAACCAGCCAAGGACUUCAACACGAGUGGACAAUGGUUGAUCUCAACCCGCGACAAGUCUAAGAAGGAAAUCACCAAGACGUUUGACGCGGUUCUGGUCUGUACUGGUCAUCAUGCCUCAGCUAACAAACCGGAUUUCCCUGGACUUUCUGAAUUCAAAGGCAGCGUCAUCCAUUCCCAUGACUACAAGCGUCCUGGGAAAUACGAAGAUAAAAGGGUUGUCGUCAUUGGAAUCGGUAAUUCCGGAGGCGACGCUGCUGUGGAACUUAGUAAUGUUGCUUCACAAGUAUUCCUCAGCACUAGACGUGGGAGUUGGGUGUUGAACCGGAUAGGGCCCAAUGGUCUUCCCAUUGACAUGGCGUUUGCAUCCAGGUUGUUAACGUUUUUGAGAACAAAUGUGAUACCGGUUGGUAUGAUGGAAUCAAUGGCACGUUCUCAAUUGAAUAAACGGUUUGAUCACGCAGCCUACUCAUUACAGCCUAAGCAUGAUGUCUUUGCACAACAUCCCACAGUAAACGAUAGCCUUCCAAACCGUAUAGCCAGUGGAUCUAUUAAAGUCAAGACGGAUAUCAAGUGCUUCACUGCAACUGGUGUCGAAUUCACAGACGGAACGAAGGAGGAGAACAUCGAUGUUGUGAUCCUUGCAACUGGCUACAUCUUCGGAUUUCCUUUCAUUGAUAAAUCCGUUAUUGAUGUACAGGACAACCGCAUAGAGUUAUUCAAAUACAUGUUCCCACCUAACCUCAAGAAGCCGACAAUUUGUGUUGUUGGAUGUGUGCAACCUAUUGGCUCCUUAAUGCCAAUCUCCGAGCUUCAGUGUCGGCUGGCUGCUAGAGUGUUCAAGGGUGACGUCACGUUGCCGUCCAGUGACGAGAUGUGGGCUGACAUCCGGCAGAAGGAAGAGGAAAUGCGACACGUUUAUGUUAAAUCAAAACGUCACACGAUACAGGUCCACUGGAUCCCGUACAUGGACGAGUUGGCCACACUUAAUGGCUGUAAACCCAACCUAGGUGUGAUGUUACUGAAGGACACAAAAUUGGCUAUGAAGUGUUUUUUCGGGCCGUGUACCCCCUACCAAUACAGACUCGAGGGGCCGGUCAAAUGGAGCGGGGCAAGAGACGCUAUACUCACACAAAUGGACCGCACAUUGAACUCCUUGAAGACGAGACCAUUGGGAUUUGAGUCCAAAAAGUCAGGAGGAGGGAAAUUAUAUGUGUUCUUGUUCAUAUUCUUUGUACUGCUGGCUAUUUUAUAUAAGCUACUAUUGUAAACAAUGUGGUUUUCGUGUUUGCUGUCUUACUUAGACCAUGUAUUUAGGAUGCAGUUGGACCAUUUGACAGAUAAUAUAUGCAUGUGGUUAGUUUGUUUAAGUGAUUUACAAGAAACGACACACCGAUAAACGCAGGGUUAAGGCAUCUUUAUUUAUGACAAUUAAACCUCGACUUUUUCUUGUUAACAUUUGCGUACGCAAAACAAUCCUUUUUCGGAUCCGUGGACUGUAUCUAUUAAUUCAUCUUCCUUAUGGAACAAUCAUUCCUUAAUUACCGCUGAAAUACAAUAUGGACUCCAUAUCGUUAAUGGAUUACGUUGUAGCUGACGUAAUUUGUAUCAAAACAUUGUCAUACUGUAAAGCCUUUAACCAAAAAACUCACAGUUUUAGUGGAGGCAAGGUGACUAUACACUGUGCUUUUUAUAGCGACUGCUCUUUUAUCUUAGAUGAAUAACAUUUUGGAACUUCCAUUAACGCAGAUCGAUCAAAACUUUACAAGAACCAUUUUGUCGCUCAGACUGGUUACAGUUGGAAGGCAUUUUAACAGGCAACCCUCUGGAAUGGCAACUUGUCCAACUCUUGAAAGGGACUCCCCUCAGGAUCAAACUGGUCAAUCUGGACUAGAGAAAUGGGUUUUGGCGUUUGGUUUACAUGUAGGGGACAUAACAUGAUAAUAUUGUUGAGUUCGUUCAAGUUCAAGGAUUUCUAAAGUAGUUAUAGGUGUAGAAAUUGCCAUGUGAACUCUUUUAUUGUUUGUUAUACAGAAUGAUAGAUUACGAUUAUAAGUACUAAGUUGUGGUCCAUAUUAAUAAGACAUGUGUAGUAAGUGAGUUCACAUUUCAGUUAUAAAACUAAGCCAAGAUUCAUUGCGCAAUAACAUGGAUAAAUGUCAACAAUGGACGUCAGCAUCGGUAUCGGUAAAAGAUUUGAAUCAAGCGCAAAUUAUAUGAAGCUGAAAGUGUUCUAAUGACGAUUCUAUUUGUUUUGUCUAUUUUGGAUAAAUAAGGUAGAAGCCAUUCAUUUACCUAAUCAUAAACAUGUUACUAUAUUUUUUAAAUAACACUGUAAAAAGACCUUGUAUUUUCUAUAGAAAUAUAACCAUUAUAUAAUAUAUAUAGAAUAGUGUUUGGUAAUGAUAUUCUUGAAUGUCUGGUUUUAGAUACGUGUAAUUGAUGCACGAGUUUAUGCAUUUUUGUUUUUGGAUUUACCCUAUGCAGAAAUUAUUCUUUUUCAGGUUAUUUGUGAUAAUUUGUAAAAACAACAAAGAAUAUGGGUAUUUUUGAAUUUUCAUUUUAGAUUGAUCAAAUGGUGACAAUAUCAGAAUUAAUACGAAUUGAUAGCACUAAACUUUUUAUACAUAAUUUUAUUUAAAUUGAAUUUAUAACGAUGGUACAAAAUUGUUUGGUUAUGCCAAGUAUACCUGAAAGACAAAGUCAGUUAAUUACUUUUGCAUACACCGCUUCACAGGUAAUGUUAUGUGUUUAUAAUCUUAACGACGGAAUCAGAAUCGUGGCAAUUCGUUUUAAAAUAUAUAAAGAAACAUGUUUACGCCACUCAUUAAUGCCGUUAGAGGAGCGAAUAAAUCACAUAUCCGUAAUGGAGCAGUUCAUGAACCGCAUGAACAUUGAUACUACUGUAGUAUAUUUGUCAACAAAAUUAAUCCGAUUUGAAUAUGACGACACAGAUCUUAUUGUCAACAGAUCAUGACUAGAACAAUUACUGUAUAUGUAUGCAUUACAUUGUAUAUAGAUAUGGUACCGUUUAUGUUUAUGGUUGGAAAUAAUAAGGAUGUAAUGAUUUCCUAUGAACAGAGAAAGCUGAAGUAUAUAUUUUAUGAUCAUAUAUAUGUGUCUGUUUAAUACUAAUUACAUUGUAUAACGUCUCAAGUUGACAUUGCUGUUUUUGUAGAUGUCUAUUACUGCUGUAUUGUUAAACAGAACGUUGAUUGUAAUAAGACAAUACUUUGUACAGAUGAUUUUCUUGUAUAUUAUACUUAACUAUUAAAUGAUAUUGUAAAUAAACAUAUUGCCG